UUUGGGAACACAGAUCGAAACAAAGAGAUAGCCGCAGUUUGGCCGUAGUUCUCGCGGCUGCUUCCGGAAGUGACGUAUGAGCCGCGCGCCGAAGUUCUUCAAGGCAGAGUGUUCAGCGCGUGGAGCUGUGGCCCAUUCAUAUUUGAACUUUUAGAUUGGAAUUUCAAAAUGGAGUCUAAGAAGGAGAUUAUAAAUGACCAGCGGUUUUCCUGUAUUACAAAAGAUCCUAGAUUUUGGGAAAUGCCAGAAAAAGACCAUAAAAUCAAAAUUGAUAAAAGAUUUCGUGCAAUGUUCCAUGACAAGAAAUUCAAGUUGAAAUAUACUGUGGAUAAGCGAGGACGACCUAUUAAUCACAGCUCAACAGAGGACCUGAAACGCUUUUAUGCACUUUCUGAUUCAGAUUCUGAUGUUUCAGAGUGUGAUGAUAAACAAACUGAGAGAAAAAAGUGCAAGUCUAAAGGAAAGAAAUGCUCUGAAAAACUCAUUGAUGCAAAAUACAGCAAAGUAGCAGGUUGUAAAAGGUCUCCAAAGUCAAAAACUGAUGCUUUAAAAAAUGAAGGCCAGAAAAGCAAACUCAAGACCACAAAGAAUGUGAAAAACUUCACUGCAAUUGAAUCUGUGCAAGAUAAGGAGCUUAAACCAAAAAAGCAAAACAAGCAAGGUGUAAUGUCUGCAGAGGACCUUCAUGAACAUCAGAAAUCUUCACAGAAGGCUGUAAAAAAGGAAUCAGUGAAAGAAUGCACCACAGAAGCAAAAGAAAAGGAUUCUUCUCUCAGUUUUGCCAUUGAAAAAGAUUUUAAAAAUCAAACUUGUAAAAAUGAGGAAAACUCUGACCUUGAAGAGUCGGAACACAGCAGAGAAACUGAAGAGGAAGGAGAAUCAGAAGAGAGUGGAGACCUGGAAGAGGAAAGCUAUUUGGGAGAUGAUGGAGAAAUGACGGAAGAAAGGGAUUCUGAUGAUGAAGAAGAAGAGACUGGAGAAGAAAGUGGCACAGAUGGUGAUGAAAGUGACAGUGGGCCAGAUCUGGCGAGGGGGAAAGGCAACGUUGAAACUAGCUCCGAGGAGGAAGAGGAAGAUGAUAUGACAGAGUUAUUUCCAAAGGAACCAGAAAUUAUACAUAGAUGGGGAGAACUGACUAAAGAUGCCCCUCGUGCAGAUGAGAUCACAUCCAGAUUGGCGGUUUGCAACAUGGAUUGGGAUCGACUGAAAGCCAAGGAUCUAUUAGCUUUAUUUAAUUCUUUUGUGCCCAAAGGUGGUGUUAUUUUUUCUGUGAAGAUUUAUCCUUCAGAGUUUGGAAAAGCUAGAAUGAAAGAAGAAGUAGCAAGUGGACCGACAGAAUUGUUAAGCCUUUCUGAAAAUGUCACAGAGAAGGACAGUGUUUAUAAGGAGAAACUGAGAGACUAUCAAUUCAAACGACUGAGAUAUUUCUAUGCAGUCGUAGAAUGCGACUCUUCUGAAACAGCCAAUAAGAUUUAUGAAGAAUGUGAUGGACUCGAAUUUGAAAGCAGCUGCUCUUUUGUUGACCUCAGAUUUAUUCCAGAUGAUGUGACAUUUGAUGAUGAGCCAAAGGACGUGGCCUCAGAAGUGGACGGAGCUGCUUAUAAACCAAAGUUCUUCACAUCUGCCGCUGUGGCAACUUCAAAGGUAGACAUCACAUGGGAUGAGACGGAUCAUGAAAGGGUGACUUCCCUGAGCCGAACUUUUAAAAAAGAUGAGCUUCUGGACAUGGACUUCCAGGCUUACUUGGCUUCAUCAAGUGAAGAGGACGAUGCUGAGGUGGACGAGGGGGAACAUCAGCAAGACGUUGGUGUUGCACAAACAGCAGAAAAACAUAAGUCUCACCCCAAGGAUGAUGAAGAGCAAAUUGCAAAAUACAGGGAACUCCUUCGGGGUAUUCAGGAAAAAGAAAAAAAGCAUCAAGAAACUGAUAUGGAAAUGGAGAUUAAAUGGGUCCCAGGACUUAAAGAAAGUGCAGAAGAAAUGGUGAGAAACAAAUUAGAGGGAAAAGAUAAACUGACCCCAUGGGAACAAUUUCUAGAGAAAAAAAAAGAGAAGAGAAAACUGAAGAAAAAACAAAAGGGCGGUGAUGAGGAAACAUUGGUCGAAGAUGAGUAUCCAUCUGAUGUUGAUUUGAAUGACCCAUACUUCGCUGAGGAACUAAAAAAAACAGGUUUGAACAAGAAGCUGAAGAAAAAAGGAGAUUCUCCAGAGAAGGAUGAUACAGAAAAACAUAAGGCCGAAAUGUCUCUCCUGGUGAUGGAUGAGGAGGAGGAUGAAAGGAGACACUUCAAUUAUGACAAGAUAGUAGAACAGCAGAACUUAAGCAAGAAAAAGAAAAAGCUAUUAAUGAAAAAGAAGGAACUGUUGACAGAUGACUUCCAGGUAAAUGUGGGUGAUGCCAGAUUCCAAGCCAUGUAUACUUCUCAUUUGUUCAACUUGGAUCCAUCAGAUCCAAACUUUAAGAAAACAAAAGCAGUGGAAAGGAUUUUGGAAGAGAAAGCUCGCCGAAGACAGCAAGGACUGGCUAAAGCAGUUGAGAGAGAGGACAUUACAGUGGAGAAGGAAUCUGCAGCCAGUAAAUCCUUAGAUCCUGCACUGUCCAUGCUAAUCAAAUCUGUCAAGAAUAAAACAGAACAAUUUCAAGCAAGGAAAAAACAGAAAGUCAAAUAAAUUAAUCUCUUUGAUUGAUGAAAAUCCAUGGACUUUGGAAGAAAUCAGUAUAUUUUUGUUAAGCCUAAACACCAUCUAAACAGUUCAGACUGAAAUGCUUACAUACUUACCAUAUUAAUGGUAAAGGUCAUCCUAGAAACAAGUGUAACAUACUAAAGAAGUGUAAUAUUUUGGAUUGGUUUCUUUUUAAGCAGUUGAUAUCGACUCCAGAGAACCAAUACAGGUUGUUCGUCACUUACGCAGAAAUCAAAAUCUUCUACAUGAGAUAGUGACACCUUUGCCUUCUAAUAGUUCAGUGUGCAGAAACAUUGCUUCUUGCACAGAAUUGUAUAAAACAUUAUCUUUAUGUCAUCUGUAUGAGGUUAAGUUGAACAAUAAAUUACCUUUGUGUUUAGACCUGGGUUCCAUCUCCAGGAUAUAUUGAUAUACAUAUAGAAACAUUCCAAAACCUGAAACACUGAUUGAAAGCAUUUUGAAUAUGGACAUUCAACCUAUAUAUUAAUAUUCUUAACAUGAUAUACUUUAUAUUUCAGAUAUCUAUAAGCAAAAUUGGAUUAACUGUAAACAUUGGAUGAACAGCUUAAAUAUGUAAUUAGACAUGCAAAUGAAAAGAGUAUUUCGGUUGAUACAAGUCUUUAAUCUGUAAUGGUAUUAAAUUAAGUUACUCAAGUAAAAAUGUUAAAAACUGUUA